AUGAGAAGCAGGCAUGUGCUGCUGAAGCUCCCCCCAAAUGAGGCCCUUCUGGAACUCCUGCUUGUGUUGCUGCUGGGGCUGCGUGUCCUAGCCGUGUGCCCCUCCAUGUGCUCCUGCGGCCGCAGCCACAGGGAGGUCGACUGCUCGUGGAGGGGCCUGAGACAGCUUCCCGAUGGCCUGCAGCACAACACGCGCUCCCUCAACUUGUCCCACAACCGACUUCACAACCUGGACGGCCAGCUCACCGGGUACACCCACCUCCGCUUCCUGGAUUUGUCUCACAACCGGCUGAGCCAACUGCCCGCCGGUUUGCCUCGUUCUCUCUGGCAGCUAAACGCCUCCUCCAACCGCCUCCAGCUGCUGGACAAGAACGACACGGUCCACCAGUGGAAUCUGCGGCUGCUUGACCUCUCGGACAACAAGCUGGAGCGGGCCAUCUUCAUCAACAACACGCUGACCAAUCUGUGCACGCUCAACCUGAGCCACAAUCACUUCUGGACUCUGCCCACUAACCUGCCUGUGCACCUGGAGAACAUUGACCUGUCCCACAACUUGCUCGUGAAGGUGCUGCCCGGAUCUCUGGAUCGGCUCCUCCGACUACAGCACUUCUAUCUGCAUGCCAACCGCUUUUCCACGCUGCCGUUUGGAGUUUUUGACAAGUUGACAUCUCUUAGAGUCAUCACUCUCGACGACAACCCUUGGGACUGUCACCUUUAUGCCGACAUCACCUACUUACUGUCCUGGACGCAGCAUACGCCUACCCGCGUCCUGGGCUGCCCCUGCCACACCCAGCCUGUCUGCGGAGGGGUGCGCCCUGAGAGGACUGGAGGAUGGCACUUUGCCUCCUACAACCUGCCUCCCCUUGCAGCGAGCGCCCAGGACCUGAGCUCCAUGCCCCCUGAGGCCGGCGUCACUGGGUGGUGGUACUUGUCUGUUUCUGCCCUGCAAAGCACCUCGCAAUUCCCCGAAGAGGCUUUGACUACGCAGCACCACCCCCUCACAGCAACACCCAUCGGCAUCUCCACCCCGCGACCCAGAACUCGGCUCACUAUCAAUCACCUCUCUGCAUCUGCUGGCCCAGCCUCCAUAGACCACAUGCUCCACACCGAUUCUGCUGACUCACUCCACGCCAGCGACUCAUCCUCUUUUCCUGACACAAGCCUCGUUACUGAAACGCCCAUCAGGGCCGCCAUGACGCUGGCCACAGACCAGUUCUUCACAACAGAGAGCCCCUCCAUUCAGACAAAGAAGACAACCACGCUUCGCACCAGGAGCGUGAGGAGGAAGAAUCAGUCCGUUCCCAGCGGCAUCAGCAACGGCGGCCCGCCUCCUGCUACCCGGUCCCUGCACCCUUACCUGCACAACCUGGGACUUCUUUUGUCUCUCCUUCUACAGCGAGGCCUCUGA